AUGGGUAACGCUCCUUCCAAGCCUCUUUCAUCGAAGAAGAAAAAGUCUUCCAAUAAUAGCAAUUCUGGAGGCGAAGAGCUACUUCAAUUUACAAGAACUGAUACAGGUCAAUCUGUCAAGAGUUCUAGAUCAGUAAAAUCUUCCAGGUCACGGAAGUCUCAACCUGGGUCUGUACCAAAUACACCGAAAAACAGUGCUAAUGAUAACAGUGCAAAUUCUGUUCCAGGUUCUUCAGCAUCAAGAAAAAACAGCUACACACAUUUAAACCUGGCUGUACCUGUGCUGUCGAGGUCAAAUUCGCAGCACAGUUUUACGCCACAUCAACACACAAAUGAAUUACAGCAGGAUCAAAGGACAUCACCGGAGCAACAGCGAACACCGAGGGCUUCUAGCUUUAGUAAUGGUGAAUUGCCACCUUCAAUGGUCCAAAUGGAACCCAAAUCUCCAAUUUUGCGAUAUUUUACAGCAACGAACAAUCUGAACACUUCAUACAAUGAAAAUUCGUUGACGGAUGAUGAUAUGGACACGACAUAUAAUGGCUCAGAAGCAAAUGAUGAUGCACACUCGCAUAAAUCACGCAGAGAUUCGAGGAGAAGGAGUAGUGCUUCCAGUCAAAGAAGAAGAUCUGGUGGUCAACAACAGCAUUUAGACUUACCACCAAACCCUACAACUCUAAGCCGUACGUCCUCACAUUCGAGCUCACAUAGCAGGAAAUCAUCUCUGGGCACAACAGUUAGUGGUGGAGGGGGAAAUUCAGUGUACUCAACUCCAAUGGCUUCUCCAGCAGUUGAUAAAGAGGACGCAGCUGACUAUUUUGAUGGUCAACUUGUCCCAUAUGGGUAUCCUAAUGAAGCGUUGGAUUUUGAAUCAUUGGAAAACCAGGAACAUGAACUUGAUAUAGAUAAUGAAGGAGGGGAUUUAUAUUCUCAUAACUUACCACAGGAUGGUGAAGAUUUACUAAUAUCAACACAGGAUGGCUCUUUGCCUAAGAAGAAAAAACAGAUAAAACCUCUUGAUAUAGAUGAAAUGAUACAGAAAUUGUUAGAUGCUGGGUAUCUGGGGAAACGUACCAGAAAUGUAUGCUUAAAGAAUUCUGAAGUCACUCAAAUUUGCCACCAAGCACGUGAAAUAUUCCUCUCGCAGCCGUCAUUGUUGGAAUUAUCUCCUCCUGUAAAGAUUGUCGGUGAUGUGCAUGGUCAAUAUGCGGAUUUAUUAAGAUUAUUUACUAAAUGUGGGUUUCCUCCAUCCUCUAAUUAUUUAUUUUUAGGGGAUUAUGUUGAUCGUGGAAAGCAAUCUUUGGAAACCAUCCUAUUACUACUUUGUUAUAAGAUAAAAUACCCUGAGAACUUUUUCCUUUUAAGAGGGAAUCACGAAUGUGCUAAUGUGACAAGAGUAUAUGGGUUUUACGAUGAAUGUAAACGUCGUUGUAAUAUCAAAACUUGGAAAGUGUUUAUCGAUACAUUUAACACCCUACCACUUGCAGCUAUCGUCGCCGGUAAGAUUUUCUGUGUACACGGUGGUCUAUCGCCAGUCUUAAAUUCUAUGGAUGAAAUCAGGCAUGUGAGCAGACCUACGGACGUACCAGAUUUUGGCUUAAUCAACGACCUCCUAUGGUCUGAUCCUACAGACUCUCCAAAUGAGUGGGAGGAUAAUGAGCGUGGUGUGAGUUACUGUUAUAAUAAAGUUGCUAUUAACAAAUUCUUGAAUAAAUUUGGGUUUGACUUGGUUUGCAGAGCUCAUAUGGUUGUUGAAGAUGGCUAUGAAUUUUUUAACGAUAGAAGCUUGGUAACUGUAUUCAGUGCCCCGAACUACUGUGGUGAAUUCGACAACUGGGGUGCUGUAAUGAGUGUUAGCGAAGGUUUGCUUUGUAGUUUUGAGUUGUUAGAUCCAUUGGACAGUGCUGCAUUGAAACAAGUCAUGAAAAAAGGUAGACAAGAACGUAAACUGGCUAAUAAGCAGCAACAACAGUUCUUUGAAACUACUUGA